CAUCACAUUAGGCCAUUAGGCAGAGGGCUUUUGAUAGCCUACACUCGGGAAGAUGAACGCCGGCAUCGGUAGACCGGUGAAUAUACCCUGGACGCCUUGCGAAGCUAAGCUAUGAAUGUAGCUAUUGUGUGCUCUUCCCAACUAGCAAAGUCGGCUCCGAUGGUAGGGUUUGAAAGACCUGGUUCCAGAGGUAUCUGAUGCUCCAGAAUCUUUUCGAUGCAACUGGGGAGCCUUGCUAACAAUCGGACGGCCACGACUCGACUACUCCCCUUCUCCCAAAUCGUCAUCCUCAACCUCUUCGCGCUUUCCUUCAUGUUUUGGAGCAGACACAUAGAGCACUUAGCCAAAAAAAUACCUUUGAUCAUCGUACUCCAGCUUACUUUUCUUUACUCUUCUUUUUUCCCGUACGUGAACGUCUACGAUAUUGAACAAAUCCCACGAAGCGGCAUCCACCCGAACCGAACGGGGCAUAGGGAUCCUGGCCGACGGAGAACUAGCAGUUUCAGAAGGAUUUGACAAGGGCCCAUUUUCUGGGUAUCCUUCUCCGAGGUGGGGCGGACGUCGUGGAUCAUCAGGAAAUCUCUGUUCCAAACGCCUACGUGUUUCUUCUAGUACGCUUUUUUUUGGGUGGAAUCAGUAAAAAAAAACUCGAGCAAGUUAGGGGAAAAGGCCCAGCAUACGUCGGACUGACAAUGUUGCUUCCAGUCAGCAUAUCAAGAAUCGCCCUCCCGUCGAAUGGUUUGAGGUGUCGAUAGUAUGCGGGACGGUGGGAGGUUAUCAAAGCAAAUGUUCUAGUCAAAACAU